AUGAAGAGAUCCGGCCUUCUGGGGACGGUGGCUCUUCUGUUCCCGGCCCUCGUUUCUGCCUAUGCGCUCCCGGGCGAAUGUACUGGAGUCUGCAACAACUCCCACGACCCGUCAAUCAUCCGCCGCGCAGAUGGGACGUACUUCCGCUUCUCGACUGGUGGCAAGAUCGCCAUUCACACGGCGCCGAGCCUGACCGGCCCGUGGACCUAUAGGGGCGCCGCCUUGCCGGCCGGGUCCUCCAUCAACUUGGACGGGAACCAGGACCUCUGGGCCCCCGAUGUUGCACAGGUCGGAGACCAGUACUACCUGUACUACUCCGUCAGCACCUUCGGCGUCCAGAACUCGGCCAUCGGCAUAGCCCGCUCAUCGAGCCUGGACGCCGGCACCUGGACCGACCUCGGGUCUACCGGUGUCACCUCCAGCACGGGCUCGGCGUACAACGCCAUCGACGGCAACCUGAUCAACGAGCCGGGGACCAGCAACUACUUCCUCACGUUUGGCAGCUUCUGGAACGGCAUCCAUCGCGUCCGCAUGACGCCCACCAAGACGAACGGCAACGUGUACCAGGUCGCCUUUGAUCCCAACGACCCGGCCAUGGAAGGCCCGACCGUCUUCAAGUACGGCGACUACUACUACCUUUUCUUCUCCAAGGGCACGUGCUGCGGCUACGACCAGAACAGGCCGCCCGCCGGACAGGAGUACAGGAUCAUGGUGUGCAGGUCGACCUCGCCCACCGGCCCCUUCGAGGACAGGGACGGCAAGUCGUGCCGCUCGGGCGGUGGAACUCUGGUGCUCCCGUCUCACGACUGGGUGUACGGCCCCGGCGGCCAAGGUGUCUACCAGGACCCCGAACACGGACCGGUCUUGUACUACCAUUAUGUUGAUACUCGCAUUGGCUAUGCGGACGGCCAGAAGAAGUUUGGUUGGAAUCGCAUCGACUUUUCAAGCGGUUGGCCGGUUGUCUGA